CGUCCGUCCCGUCCACCACCGCCCUCCCCCUCCCCCCCCGCUCCGCGUCUGCUUUUCAGCUCUCCACCGCUCUCUCGCACGUCGCUCCCCAAGUCAUCCCAUCCCUACGCCCGCGGCCGCGCCACCGAGUCCAGAAGCUUCUAGAAGGGGGAGGGGUGGUCGCCCAUGACCGUCUGAUCGGCCGUCGCCAUGGGAUGCGCUGGAUCCACUCUAAAGCCUGAAGAUAAUGGUAAGAAGUUGAAAAAACCAAAGCCUUGGAAGCACACCCAAGCAAUAACGCCGGCACAACUCAGACAGAUGCGUGAUGAAUUUUGGGACACUGCUCCUCACUAUGGUGGACAGAAAGAGAUUUGGGACGCACUUAGAGCUGCUGCAGAUUCUGAUUUAGCGCUUGCACAAACCAUAGUGGAUAGCGCUGGCAUCAUCAUAUCAAAUUCUGACAUGACACUUUGCUAUGAUGAAAGAGGUGCGAAAUAUGAACUUCCAAAGUAUGUUCUAAGCGAGCCAACAAAUUUGAUCAAGGACGGUUAAAUUCAUAAAAUAAAAAGGGGUCCAGUGUAAAUUAUGUAAAUCACAUUUGUUCACUGACAUCAACGUUGACCUUGAUUGGGACUUCAAUAAUAUUAUGAUUAUGAUGUGCUAGAUUCUGAUU